GAGAGAGAGAGAGAGAGAGAGAGAGAGAUGAGCGGCGGCGGCGGCGGCGGAGGAGGUGGCGGCGGUGCCGGCGCCGGCGCCGGAGGAGGGGCGGUGAAGACGCCGGCGGAUUUCCUCAAGUCGAUCCGGGGGCGCCCCGUCGUCGUCAAGCUCAACUCAGGGGUCGAUUAUAGAGGUAUACUAGCUUGCCUCGACGGAUAUAUGAACAUCGCGAUGGAGCAAACCGAGGAGUAUGUGAACGGCCAGCUAAAGAACAAAUAUGGGGAUGCUUUUAUUAGAGGAAAUAAUGUUCUCUACAUCAGCACCUCGAAACGAACUCUCGCCGAAGGCAUUCGAGAGCGCCCGAUCGAUCCAACCAUAACAAGUUGAUUUUUUUUUUUCUCUUUUUUCACUGAUUUUGUGUGUGAAACGAGCACGAUGGAUAUCGCAUACUUGUUCAUUGGAGCUAAUAGGCCACACUAGUUAUGGCCUGUUUGAGAUAUGGAGAUUGAGAUAGUAUGGUUCUGAUUCUGAUUUUCAGGUGCUUUUUUAUUUGAUUUAUGAAAUGUGUUGUGUAAAAUGAUCUUCUCUGCAACUUGCUUAUGUGGUUAUCCAUGUGGGGCAUUUUGAUCUAAAACAUUUAGACUCUAA